GUGCUAUUCUGCAGGCAUGUGGCAGAGAGAUGGGGGUGCCUGAUGGCAUGUGGUAUCCUGGCAUGCCAUGCAGCAUGGACUCGUGGAUCACAUGCGACCCUUUUGGCUCUGUCAACGCUAUUCUCCCCCAUGAUCAGGGCUUGAAUGGAUCCUUCUGCUCCAAUAUAAGCCUCCUCACUUCUCUGACAAAGAUUGACCUUGCCAACAACUCGCUAUCAGGCUCUCUUCCAACGAGCCUUGGCAACCUUACUAGACUGGACACCAUAGUCCUUGGGUACAAUAACCUCUCCGGCGUCAUUCCUCCCACACUUGGGAACCUCAUGAAGCUCACUACACU